AAUUGAUUAUUAGAUGUUCAAACAGAGAGCGACGUGAGCACACGGGAACGACUGCGUUAUCAGAGCUGUUACCAGUGAGCCUUUGAACAGUUUAGACGUCUCUGUGGCAACACAGUUUGUCCCAUUGCGCUUUCUGAGGAGCCUGAUCUCGUUGGCUGCCGGGAGAUAACUGCUACCAUUAGGAAUGUGCUGUACAUUACCAACCGUAUUAUGUCAAUGGUUGGUAUUUACAAUCGACGUCAAGGUUUAGAGUGCGUGUAGCUUUAGAGAAAGUGCUUCUUGCUACCACGAGCGUCUCGUUAAUCGUUCAAGCGCUUGCAAGACUCUUUCGGCAACUCGUUGACAGCUCGAUCUUAUAACGUCAGAUUGUCCAAAUAUGGAAGAAAAACAGUACCAGACCGUAAAGACUGUCACGUGUCAUUUCCACCCGGAAUUACAAGAAAUACCAUUUGUGGACGCACUCAGUGGCGAAAACUGCUUUGCUUAGCUUGUCUUUCUGAACUUCGCUACCAUCUUUCUUCCCUGUUGUGGAUCUCGCUCCUGUCUGGUGACCGUAUUUAAUAGCCAACUAUUCUUCCAGGAGUAUUUUUGACAAUUUAACUUCCUGGACAUCUUCAAAAAUUCUGUUUGCGUGGCAAACCAGAUGAGAAAGGCAUUUUGGCUGUUCAUAAAAGCGACAAAAUGCUGCCAGGGAAUUUCUGCAACACAUCCAUGGAGCAGAGCAGCGAUACGGAGAUGUGGUAUUCUGUCUGUAGUAAAGACUCCGUGGGAUUCCUCGUUUACUAUCUCGGCUUCCUCUUCACCAUCACCGUUAUAAACGUGAUUGGAAACAUCUUGGUCAUCUCUACAUUUGUUCGCCAUCCCAAACUACAGCAGCCGUGUAACUAUUUUAUCACAAGUCUUGCCGUGUCGGAUCUAUUCGCAGGGAUCGUUUACACCCUCUACAAUCUCGCUCACUUAGAGAGCAUUGGCCUAAGGGAGUCACUGGGUGGCUGGACAGUAUGCAGCCUCCUGCUAUGGGUCGUGCAGGGAUUCCAAUUCAGUUCGGCCUACCAUCUGGUGGGAAUCACAGUCUCACGUUACAUAAUGGUGACCAGUCCCCUGUGUGCCGAGCGUUACCUCACCGCCCCCAGGGUAGCCCUCUCCCUCGUUGUCAUCUGGACCGUCUCAAACUUUGUCUCCGCGGGACUCUACAUAGCCUUCACACCACAAGAUAACUACCCCAGUGUUUGCCGUUACGAGCUGAUCUACACCAUGUGGCAUAUCUAUGGCACCAUGAUUUACGCUGUGGUUCUGCCCUUUCUCAUUAUGAUGGGCCUUUACUUUCGGAUAGCCAGUAUAGCAAAGAAACAGGCCAAGCUCAUUACUGCACUGGAAAACAUUCAAACAGCCAGGGAAGUGAAUACCAGAAAGUCUAGUACACUCAGGGAAAGCAAGUCCACGAGGAUGAUAGCAACUUUGCUGGGUUGUUUCUUUCUCGGAUGGAUGCCCUUUAUAUUGUAUGUGAUCGUAAAGCUUGGAUGUUCCACCUGUGUCAUCAGCAAGUACAUCCGGGCAACAUCAAGACUGUUCCUUCACAUGAACUCGGCUGUGAACAUUUUCAUUUACGCGGGUCGUUUGAGCGAGUUCCGGUCCGCCUUGAGAAAGGACCUGUCCAAAAUCAGGCUUUGGCCGGCGACAAUGGGACCAUGUGUUCGUGUCAGCCCCGAGGUGGAGACCAGGUCAGGAUAAUAUAGUCAUUAUAGUCAUGUACAAAAAAACAUGAAAUGUGCCAAGAUAAUGAAACCUUAUACAGACAUUUUCAUUUAGCAUGGAACAUUUUCCACAGAACUUAUGUCCAAAAUGGAUAUAUGGCGACAAACCGAAGCUAGGAAAUGGUGUGAAAAAUGUAAUUAUUUAGGCCCUAUUGUCAAAUGUCAAAUAAGAGGCCGAGAGCGAGCUACAUUUAUGAUAGAUGUCUGCGCAACCCCAAAGUUCUAUAAGUCUGACUGAGUCUAAUGAAAUCCAUGUGAAAAGUUUGUUUAAAGUACCAAAUCUACCAAUUACUGUCAAGUUGGUUUGUUUGUUCAUUAAAAAAAAAUGCAAAUUGCUGCUUUAAAAAGGCAUGAUAUAUAUAUAGCCCUAUAACUUAAUACUUGUUUCAAGGAAUUCUGGAUGUAAUGACGUGACGACUUACAUCCAUAAUGCGUCUUAUGGUCUUUGUUUAGGGGUUGAAGUGAUGAGUACAAAGUGUACUUUUCCAUUCUUUGUUUGAGUGCUGUUUAACGCUAAACUCAAGAAUUUGUUCAGUUUUAGAACAGAGGCCACGCCCCGGGAUUACGAAGCAACCUUAGACUUAAGUCAAAAUUUUGUAUCACGUUAAAAUUGUUAUUUCUUAUGUAACAAAGCCAAAAUAUUGCUUGACAACGUAAAUUCUGGGUAAUUAUUGUAAAACAAAUUUCAGCUAAAACACCGGAAAGGAACAUACCAACUUUAAUGACUGAAAUUUUGACUUAAGUCUAAGAUCGCUUCGUGAUCCCAGAGCCAGGUUUUCUGGUAGAGGAGGUGUCCCCAUAUAUUUAUUUUUUUCUUUAUUUGAUUGGUGUUUUACGCCGCACUCAAGAAUAUUUCAUGCAUCAAGUUGGAAAGAAACUCACGACCAUCUGCAGGUUACUUGCAGACCUUCCCACGUACGGCGGGAGAGGAAGCCAGGGCGAGCUGGACUUGAACUCACAUCAACCGCAUUGGUGAGAGGCUCCUGGGUCUUAGCGCCGCGCUGGCACGCUAACCCCCUCGUCCACGUGUCCCUAUGUAUUAGUGCAAAUCGUUUUACUGUGAACCACAUACAAAAAGGGCGAAUGCUAUAAUGCAUUGAAAUAUUAAACUUGAGUAAUAUGUAUUAUGCUUUCAUUUGGAAAAUAUUCGAAUUCAUAUCAAUAGUGAUCCCACAAGAUGUUCUCUUGGCAUGAAGAAUUAAAUGAAUGCAACAGUCUCAAAAUUUCAUUCUCAUACAGAUAAUGGCUUGAAGGACAACGCACGGAUAUCACAUCUCGUGUUUGUUUGUCUACACAGAGAACUGGUAUGAUUCA